UAGGCGGGCGGGCAGUGGGGACAUCUGGGGCGUUUGCACCUGAGAAUUGGGGGGAGGGUUCAGGAGCUGGACAGAAGCCAGGAAUCCUUAGUCCCGGAGGCUGCGGAACGUGCCUUAGCCGGCUUCUAGGCUUCUGCCUUUGGGGUCCAGAGGGUACCCCAUUUCCGGCCGAGAGGUGAGUACGUGGGAAUGCGGUGGGGAGUCUGGUGGGCUUGGCCCUGACGCGACUUCCUCCGCCCCCUUCCCUCCCCUCUGCCAUCCGGACUGCUGCAGUCUCAACUUACAAGUCAAGCCGCUCGCUCCCUGGCGGAUCCCGCCAGGCCCCGCCCAUCCGUCCUAGGCCCGCCUCCCCGCCUUUUUAAGCGAGCCUCCUAGCUCCGAUUGGCUGCUGGAGCCCGGCCCCCGGCCACGCGACCAGGCUGCGUCCGCGGUGCGCACGGCUCCCAGGCAGGCAGGCGCGCUCGAGCGAGGUAGGAGCGAUGUGGCCUGGGAACGCCUGGCGCGCCGCACUCUUCUGGGUGCCCCGCGGCCGCCGCGCACAGUCAGCGCUGGCGCAGCUGCGUGGCAUUCUGGAGGGAGAGCUGGAAGGCAUCCGCGGAGCUGGCACUUGGAAGAGUGAGCGGGUCAUCACGUCCCGUCAGGGGCCGCACAUCCGCGUGGACGGCGUCUCCGGAGGAAUCCUUAACUUCUGUGCCAACAACUACCUGGGCCUGAGCAGCCACCCUGAGGUGAUCCAGGCAGGUCUGCAGGCUCUGGAGCAGUUUGGAGCUGGCCUCAGCUCUGUCCGCUUUAUCUGUGGAACCCAGAGCAUCCACAAGAAUCUAGAAGCAAAAAUAGCCCGCUUCCACCAGCGGGAGGAUGCCAUCCUCUAUCCCAGCUGUUUUGACGCCAACGCCGGCCUCUUUGAGGCCCUGCUGACCCCGGAGGACGCAGUCCUGUCGGACGAGCUGAACCAUGCCUCCAUCAUCGACGGCAUCCGGCUGUGCAAGGCCCACAAGUACCGCUAUCGCCACCUGGACAUGGCCGACCUAGAAGCCAAGCUGCAGGAGGCCCAGAAGCAUCGGCUGCGCCUGGUGGCCACUGAUGGGGCCUUUUCCAUGGAUGGCGACAUCGCACCCCUGCAGGAGAUCUGCCGCCUCGCCUCUAGAUAUGGCGCCCUGGUCUUCGUGGAUGAAUGCCAUGCCACUGGCUUCCUGGGGCCCACAGGACGGGGCACAGAUGAGCUGCUGGGUGUGAUGGACCAGGUCACCAUCAUCAACUCCACCCUGGGGAAGGCCCUGGGUGGAGCAUCAGGGGGCUACACGACAGGGCCUGGGCCCCUGGUGUCCCUGCUGCGGCAGCGCGCCCGGCCAUACCUCUUCUCCAACAGUCUGCCACCUGCUGUCGUUGGCUGCGCCUCCAAGGCCCUAGAUCUGCUGAUGGGGAGUAACACCAUUGUCCAGUCUAUGGCUGCCAAGACCCAGAGGUGCGACUCCCAGCAGGGCAGGCUCGGGGGCGGAGAGACGUGGUUCCGUAGUAAGAUGGAAGCUGCUGGCUUCACUAUCUCGGGAGCCAGUCACCCCAUCUGCCCUGUGAUGCUGGGUGAUGCCCGGCUGGCCUCUCGCAUGGCGGAUGACAUGCUGAAGAGAGGCAUCUUUGUCAUCGGGUUCAGCUACCCCGUGGUCCCCAAGGGCAAGGCCCGGAUCCGGGUACAGAUCUCAGCAAUGCAUAGCAAGGAAGACAUUGACCGCUGCGUGGAGGCCUUCGUGGAAGUGGGGCGACUGCACGGGGCACUGCCCUGAGCUCUGGGUAAGGACGAGAAGAGCCAAGGUCCACCUACUGCCACAGGGUCAAAGGAGGUUUUCGAUCAGCCCAGACCAGAGGCUCUGAGCCCUGAACCAAAGUCCCAGAGCUGGGCUGGGACGUGACCUGUGCUGAGGGCUGUGAGAAUGUGAAACAACAGUGUGAAAAUUGGCUGUGA